GAGCAAAGUCAGGCCCUGCUAAGGUGGUGGGGAUGUUAAAAGAUGCGUUUGUUUUUUGACUUUGCUCUUCUGACUGCAUCCCACUGAGUGGGACAGAAGCUCCCCCCAUCCCUGGUCUCACCUACUCCCUUCUGCACCAGAAGAAACUCUGUGAAAGACUGCUGGCUUGCUGGACCUCUGUUACUGAAAGAAGGAAAAUGGCAGAAAGCUCCUUAUUUGCACAGCGGCUGCAAGCCAUUACGGAGCGGCGGAGGCUGCAGGAGCGCAUCCUAGCCACCCGGCGGGAGCUGGAGGAAGAGAGACUGCGAGUCCAACGCCUCAAGAGGAAAUCCCUGCGUGAUCGGUGGCUGAUGGAGGGAACAUCCAUACCUGCUGAUGACAAGGAUUACAUGUCUUCUCUUUGGGAGGCACAGUCUCGCGUCCAAGACUUAGAACAAGAUCUGUCCAGUCUCCAGUCUCAAAUGCAGCACCUAGAUAAUGUGGACCUUCCCCAGGGACAGCAGCAACCAUCUUUGAAGGAGGUGAAGCAGGCAUCACUGGAUGGCAUUGUGAAGAUUGAUGGGACAUCUUCCUCUUCUCCAGAAAAGGGAAAUAUCACUGAGACCAAACUUGAGUUGGCUUCUGUUCCUCCUCAGAAGCCCAUGCAGGCAACAACCAAGGAACAACUGGAGAAUGGAGACAUGUCAGGAGAUGGUAUUUUUGGCAGUGAAGGCAGCUCUGAAAAAACAGGAGUCAAAGUAAACCCUGUGGCUAUGGAAAGUGGGGGCCUUCAACCUCAUCAAGGGAGAACCAAGGCUGCUCCUGCUAUGAAGAAUUUGGAUUCUAGUGAAGCCCCUGCUGCCCACCAAAGAAAGCUGGCAGUGGAAAAGAUGGUCAUCAGAGAUCAUUUGGGGCAGGCAGUGGGAAGCAUGGAUGCUGUUGGGCAGACCCAGAGCUUCAUUAGGAAAGAGGAAGAGUUGGGGGACCAUGAUAACAUGGGGAAUGACUGUGAAGAAUGGAGUAGUUCAGGUCUUCUUUGCAAUGUAGUGGAUCAAAAGAAGACUGGCUAUGCUACUGAAAACUGCCCAGACAGUGAUUUUGGUAGCCGUGAUGGCCCAGAGGGAGAGUCCCCAACCUCCCAUGAUCAGCAAAAUCCUCCCAGCCUUCUACAGGACAGGACUAUCUGCCUUGAUUCCCCCAGGAAGCAGGCAGAUAGUGAGCAUGAGAUAGGCUCUUUGGUCAGGGAGGCAAUUCUGAUGGAAAUGGGGCAGAAAGAACUACCAGAGCAAAAUGCAAAGGAGGUAGAGCCUGCCAGAGACCUGGCAGUCUGUGAUGUUGCUGCAGAAGAAGCAGUGACAGGGAAGCAGGCAAAUCACACAAAGGAGGAGGAGAUGCAAGAAUGCCAUGCAUCAGAGACAAUAAUGCUGGGGGAAGCAGGAGAGGGGGAGGAGACCAGACAACCUGUUUCAGACCAGAUCUCUUCUGUGCAAGAAACAAAGAUUUUGAACACUUCGGAAGAAGCUAAGCUGUCUCUUCUUGAUCCAGUCAUGACUUCAUCUCCAUCAGAUCAGAUUCCUUCUCUGCCAGAUACUAAAGGAUUCCCUCUAGAACAGAAUCCAUCUUUUCAGGAGACUGAAACUCCACUCCUAGAGUCAGAACAGUCAUUAUUACCAAAUCAGAGUCCAUCUCCCCUUUUGGACCAAUCUGUUUCACUGCAAGAAAAUAAGGGUUCUCUUUUAGGUCAAAUCCCAUCUUCACUGCCAGAAUCCUUUAUGGAGUCAAAUCCAUCAUCUUUGCAGGACCAUUUUUCUUCUCCAGAGCAGAAAGCAUUCUUAUUACAAGGUGAUACUACUUCUCAAGAUGCUAAACACGUCUUGUUGGACCAGACCCCAUCAUCUGUACAUGAAGCUAAUGGAAAAAAUCUGGACCAAAUCUCAACAUCUCUUCAAGAAUAUAGUGAUUCUGUAGUAGACCAAAUACUGCCUACCUCUCCAGACCAGCUCACAUCUCUGCCAGGAGAGAUUCCUUCCUCAUUACAUGAAGGACAGAGAUCCCCCCAGAUUUUACCAACUGUUCUGGACCAAGAACAACUCGUGCUGGAGAUGAAAGGUCCCCUUCCAAAUAUAACCCCUUCUGUUACUAAUCAACUCUCUCCUCUACCUGAUCAAAUCACAUCCCUUCAAGAAGCCAAUAAUUUUUCCUUGGAAGAAGAAGUUCCAGUAGCUUUGCAAGUCCAAAUGCCAACUGUUACAGAGUCUCAAAUAGUGCUUCUGCUUGAGACUGAUAAAUUUCCUUCAGGCCAGAUCCCAUUAUCUGAGGAUGAAGGCAAGGAGACACCAACAACUGGGCCAGACCAAAUUCCACUAGGCCUCCAGGACCAGAAACCCACAUUUCUGGGGGGCAAGACCCCUUCUCUGCAGGAGGUAGGAGGAUCUCUAACUGAUCAGGUUCAUACAUCACUUCAAAGUCAGACCUCCUUUCUCCCAGAAAUAUCACUUCAAGAACAGGCCCAGCCAACAGUAGUGGAGCGCAUGUCAGCCUCUCUGCAGGACCAGAUCUCUUCCCUUGAAGAAACAGAAGAGAUUCUUGGAGGAAAGAUCUCUCCAUCUCAUGUGGAAGAGAUCCCUACAUUGCUGGAUCAAGCCGCAACACCUAACAAAGACCAGUGUCCAGUACUGCAAGAGACAACUGUUCUUGAUGCUUUGCUGACUUCGAACCAAGACUCUGCUCAACCGCUCCUGGAUGCAGCUGUAAGUUCAAAGAAUCAGGAAUUGAAAGGCGACAGAGAUGCUAAUUUGGCUUCAGGAGUAGCAGAAACCACUGAAAUCCAAGAAAACGUUGCUGCUGAGCAACAACCUUUGUUGAAUGAGCUGAAAACCACAGUAGCCCCACAGGACAUUUCUCUAGGAGAUCAGCAGCAGUCCAAGACUGGGAUCCAAAAGCAUCAUGGAGCCUCAGUCCAGGAGGCUCCAAUCUACAUCACCACUGAUGCCAAUCCUGCCUCAUGCCAUCUCCAACCUGCAGUAUCACACCAGGGGGAGGGUCAAGAGCAGGAGCAGAACAGACGCAAGCAGAAGACGUGCCAAUGCUGCUUGGUCAUGUAAGCUUGGCAUCUCUCACCCAGUUGAGGAGAACAGGUGUCAUUGAUCUGGCCCUAGCAGCAGGCUCUGAAAGUGCUAACAUGCCCUGCUAAUCAUGUAGUGUAGGCAUCUCACACAUUCAUGCAUGCGCAUGCACACACAUGCAUACAGUACACACUCCAUGGAGGGACUCAGAGGCAAGUUGCAUAGAUGGAUCCAUGGAAGGCUUGCUGUGUCACAGAAAGAGUUUGUUCAAUGACAGGAUUGUUUCUCUUUAUUGAUAUCUCAUAGCUCUCCUCCCUGCUUUCCAGGAGGUAGCAAAUGAAGGAUGCCCUGCUUGGGCAAAUUGUGUAGGCCCACACGUUCUCCUGCAGCAUGCACGCCUCUCCAUACACUAGCAGUGUAGACCUGCAUUUCUGUUGGCACUGUCAAACACUGAUGCUUGAACUUUAUCACCAUUCCCUCCACUUAUAGUUUAUGUGCCUGCAUGUCAUCCUUGUGCAUGCACGUACAUUACACACUUAGAAUGCACAUGCAUGUGCACAAGGGUUAUAACAUGCAAACCAAGAUACGGGCAUAUCCAUCUUUUCUUCCUUUGGCUUGCAAGGCAUUUUCCUAUCUUGGAAAACACCUGAGUUAUGUGCCAUUGCGAACCUACAGGCUUCCACAACUCCUUCACAGGGCUGGACACAAAGGCUACAAGAUGCAUGCAGAACUCCUGCCACCCACACUCUCCGCAUGUGCCUGAACCCCUUCCGCUGAGUUGGCAUGACUCACCAAAUCAAUCUGGACCCACUCCAGACACUGAGCAAUGCCUUCCUCCUGUUCCCACCUCCUGUUCCUCUGCUAAGAUGGCCAGCUGGACACAACUAAUCGUGCAGGGCACUGACCCCUAGACACAAGAGGACUCCCUGCCAAUGGGCGGUGUGUUGCAGAGACUUUGGACAAGGCACUACUGGAACCUUCUCUCCUAAAUGUGGUCUCCAGCCAAGAUCUUGUGUAGGGUAGACUCAAUGUUCUACCUCCCAAGACAGGACUGAGAAGCCUUUCCUAGCUCUGAUUCUUCCCUUCCUAUAAAAAGCCUGGGCUUGUGCCCUGCCAGGUCACAAGCCCUCCCCCCAGCCCUCCACUUCCUCCUUCCAGUGACUGUUUAUUCUAUGCACUUUGUUUUAAUUUUAGUGAUAUAACUUCUGUUAGGGCCACCACCUAAGCCAGUAAGAGCCUUUUACAUGUCAGUUUCUGGCCAAUACUGAAAGAUUCUCAAUUAAAGUCAGAUGCAAUGACAA